AGUGGAGGCCUGCAGUGAUGCUGGCAGCCAUCGACUGUGCUGACGAAGCUAACCAGCAAGUGUGCGCUGAUUUUGGGAUAACUGGCUUCCCCACGCUGAAGUUCUUCAGAGCUUUCAGCAAGAAGGCAGAAGACGGGAUAAGGAUUACCAAUCCCAGUGCCACCGUCGAGGACCUGCGCCAUGCCAUCAUCACCAACCUCGAGCAGAGCCAGGCCGCCUGGCCGCCUGCCUGUCCUCCACUGGAGCCAGCAAGUGUGGAGGAGGUUCGCACCUUCUUCCAGAGGAACAAGGACCAGUACUUGGCACUUAUAUUUGAGAAAAGCAACUCCUUCAUAGGCAGAGAGGUAGCACUGGACAUGCUGCAGUACGAGAAUGUGGCAGUGAGGAGGGUGCUGAGCAGCGAGGAGGAGCUCGUGGAGAAGUUUGGCGUCACCACCUUCCCCUCUGCCUACCUGCUCCUCCGCAACNNCUCCUCCUUCCGCCUGCCUGUGCACAUGGAGGCACGCUCAUUCUACACCUACUACCUGCGCACACUCUCAGGCAUCACUCGUGGCUCCUACAAGCUGAACACAACCAUCGCCGUUUCCAACGAGACCAAUGUAUCCCAGCCAAAGCAUGCUGACCGCUCCAAGGUGUACAUGGCUGACUUGGAGUCCACACUGCACUACUCGCUGCGGGUGGAGGCCACCCGUGCUGCCACACUGUCAGGAGCCCAGCUGGCCGCCUUCAAGUGCUACGUAUCCAUGCUGGCAAAGUACUUCCCGGGGCGCCCCUGCGUGCAGACCUACCUGCAGUCCCUGGAUGGAUGGCUGAAGAACUGGACAGAGUCUGAACUGCCCCGCAACGUCUUGAAGGAGGCCAUGAAGAAUAACAGAGAUGCCUCCCACCCUGCUGUGCUCCAUGGCCAGCGCAGCGACCGCCAGUUCCGUGGCUACCCCUGCGGGCUCUGGACCAUCUUCCACCUGCUGACUGUCCAGGCUGCCAAGAGCGGACCUGACAAAGAGCUGCCGCUGGAGGUGCUGAGCAUCAUGCGCUGCUAUGUCCGGUACUUCUUCGGCUGCCAAGAGUGUGCCCAGCACUUUGAGGCCAUGGCAGCUGAGUCCAUGGACCGGGUGGCGAGCCGAAAAGAGGCUGUCCUCUGGCUCUGGUCCCACCACAACGAAGUCAAUGCUCGCCUGGCAGGAGGUGACACAGAGGACCCCAAGUUUCCCAAGCUGCAGUGGCCUCCACCGGACAUGUGCCCCCAGUGCCACAAGGAGGAGCAGGGAGUGCAUGCCUGGGAUGAGUCGGCUGUGCUCACCUUCCUUAAGGUGCACUUCUCCCCGGCCAACAUCUAUCUGGACUAUGCUGAGCCUGACCCCAUCCUCGUGGCUGGAGAGGGGACUGGCGCCAGGCUGGGCACAGAGGGCCCGCGAGAGGCGAGGGAGAAGGAGGAAGAAGAGGAGGAAAAGGAGAGGGAGG